CGCAUGCGCAAUCGGCGCCGCUCGGCGCGUGCGCACCCGGCUCAGCCAUGCGGGUACUCGUGGGCGGUGGGACUGGCUUCGUGGGGAGAGCCCUGACCCAGCUGCUGCAGAGCCGUGGGCAUGAAGUGACCCAUGUCUCUCGACACGGGGGCAAGGAUCGGAUCAGCUGGGAAGAGUUGUCCCACUCUGGACUGCCUCCAUGCGAUGCCGUGGUGAACUUGGCUGGUGAAAAUGUCCUCAACCCCUUCCGCAGAUGGGGUGAUGCCUUCUGCAGGGAAGUCAUCAGCAGCCGGGUUGAGACCACCAAGACCUUGGCCAAAGCCAUUGCUGAUGCCGAACAGCCACCCCGUGCUUGGGUCCUCGUCACUGGUGUAGGCUAUUACCGCCCUAGUCCCACAGCUGAGUACACUGAGGACAGUCCUGGUGGGGAUUUUGACUUUUUCUCACGCCUGGUGAGCUCCUGGGAGGCUGCAGCUCUCAUACCUGGGAGCCCCACUCGUGGUGUUGUGGUGAGAUCUGGGGUAGUGCUCGGCCGAGGUGGUGGUGCAGUCUCUCAAAUGCUCUGGCCUUUCCGUCUGGGACUAGGAGGCCCCUUGGGCUCUGGGCUCCAGCCCUUCCCAUGGAUCCACAUUCGGGACCUGGCUGGGAUUGUGUGUCAUGCCCUGGAGAGCGAGUGCGUGCAAGGCAUCCUCAACGGUGUCUCCCCAUCCUCCCCUGCCACCUCUAAUGGCACCUUUGCUCAGGAGCUUGCUGCAGCCCUAGGGCGCCCAGCCCUACUGCCAGUGCCCACUUGGGCUGUGCAGGCUGUCUUUGGGGCAGAGCGGGCCAUCAUGCUGUUGGAGGGCCAGAGGGUGGUGCCAAAACACACCCUGCAGAGUGGCUACCAUUUCAUCUUCCCUGACCUGUCUGGAGCUCUGAAGGACAUUGUGGCUUGAGGACUCUUUGGUUGGGCUGGGUUGGGCCCUGGUUUGUGAGCUCCCUUCCCCUGCAUGAAAGGGGAAGCCCUGCCCCUUGUUGACACUUCCCCAUCCAGAGAGGGUGAGCAACCUUUACCUCUUCGACCUCCCUUCAUGCAUCCCCAGUUUAGGAGUCUUCCCUCUUAUUGCCAUCUGCAGUCUGCACAUUACCUGCUUUUGGGGAAGGGCACAAGCCCCUCUAAGGGUUGUGGCUGCUGAAUCUGCCGGUUUCCCUUUCCCACAGUGUGCACGUGAGCUGCUGGCAGAGCAGCCAGGGGGUGUAACGUCUCCCCUGAGAGACAGGGAUGGCAGCAGGAAAGAGGUGUUCAGGUGUUGUAAUUCUCCUCCACAUUACUGGAAGUCCCUCUUCCUGUUUUUCCCUGUGUCUUUCCUUCAUAGUCACGUAGAGACCUAGUUAUGCUCUUCUGCUUUGCCUUUCUCAGUCUCAUAGGGAAUGGAGUUGUGGUUGUGGGAGAAGAUCCAUCCUGAGGGGGUGUAAAGGGUGCUGGAUAUGGAUGGCUUGGAGACUUUUCCAUCUCGUUUCUUGUGGUGGCUCUGUGCUCGUACCAAGCUGCUGUGUCAGAACCUCCAGCUGAGUCUGAGCUCGAGAGUCGCACCCUUCUAGGGUUGCCUAACCCUGGUGGCAUGGCGGGGGAGGAUGAGAACACUGCUUUGCCAGCCUGUAGAGUCAAGGGCAGCAGUGAGACUGUUGCUCCUGAACUGCUCUUGUGGCCUUGGGUAAGUGUCAACUACAUCUGAGCUUGUGCUGGGGAGAAACUGGGUAGUUCAUCUUGGUGUGAAGUAGUGCGAGGCACUGCUGUAGUCUGAAGGGAGCACUUCAGCUGUUGGCUCUGUUGUCGUUAAUACCAGGCAGGGCAGUUUUCCCUUAUUCAUCCCACGAGUUCAGGAGGUUCCCACAGAUUGGGCAGUGAGAAUAUCUAGGCUGCCUGGGCUGCCUUGAGAAGCAGCACCUGUUCUUUUGUGGAGAACAUUGCAAUUUCAUCACCUCAUACUGUGAGGAAAUGUAUCCCCAUGCUUCCUGUAACCUAUUUUCAUGUGCCAAGGGGGGUUGUGGGAUGUGGGAUGUGAAAUGUACAGAGCAGCUAAGUUCAUUAUAGCAGUACUGCUGGAGAAAUAUUCCUAGUGUGAUGUAAUUUUGGGUUAGAAAAAUAUAUUAAAAAGCACUUGAGGCAGUUAAAAAGACCUGCUGCGUUCUUGAAAUAAAGAACCAUCCAAAAACAGUCCACAUAUCUCUGGUUUAUGCCAGGUUAAUGCAGUCACAGUAGCUGAAGGGUCAGCCUUGGUGGAGUGUAGACUCCCCACCCACUCACCUGCCUCUUUGCUCAGUCCCUACUGGAGACAGAAUGACAAUCUGCUGACUUUCUGGGCAGGAAAUUUUGACUGGGGCUGUCCAGCUGGAACUGGAGACAGUCCCUGCAGUCAGUGUGAGCACAGCCAGGUAAGCUGGGACUUUGGGAAUAGCUAUGAAAGUAACAUCGCUGGAGAUAAAUGUGGCUUACUUGGGUUGUGCCUGUGCUGCAUGUAAGUUAGGGGCAGGUCCCUUCCUCUUCCCAUGUGCCUCCGUUUCCUGCGCUCAAGAGCAGGCUGACCUACGCUGAGUUACAGGCCCCGUUCAUGGUGGGGCAGUACAAUGCGGACAAUUGAUCAUCAGUGCUUUGUCUUCAGUCACUCCAGCUACCGUUUCAGAGCAUUGGACUUCAGGCUGCUUCCCCAGGCAUUGUGGGCUACAGCAUCCUGCUGUCAGGCAGGCUGGUUAGCCAGCCCAGUUAGGUUGUUUCUGUACCUUCACAUACCUUGAUGAUUGCAACAGCUUUGGAUAGCAAUUGGAAAUAAAGUAUGGCUGGAGGAGCAGCUUUUCUGAAAGAGGGUUGCGUAUCCUGUGAAAGACUGACACUAAGCUGUUCCCACGCUUUGGGCUCCCUGCCUGGAUGUGUAACUCACUCAGGAUUUUGAAGGGUUGCCUCUGCACGAUGUUUGUCUUAAACAUGUCACAGGACUUAAAUGAGGCCCAAGUCCCAGUAUGGGGUCUGAAAUCACUGACUGCUGGGUGCGAUGAGGACUUGCCAUCAUGAUAAAUUCACACACACCCCUUGCCCCUCUGCCUACUGUGGAGCCAGAAAACACGCACAUUAGGGUGACAGCAAGCUGACAUCUAGGCUGGAUUUUGUCCAGUGUCUAUUUUUGAUGGCCACAAGGAAACCCUGGCCCCCAGGCUGUGAGACUUUGUGGUCCUAAAUACAGGUCUUGUGCUCUCCCAGCACUGGCACAGCCAGCCUGUCAUGCUCAGUGCUAGCAGAGUGUUCCUGCAAGCCUGCCUGAGCCAGCUGCAGUGCCCCAGAUGCGCUCUGGAGACUUACUCUUGCCUGGGGCAAGUCUCUCUGUUCUUUUAGAAGUGACUGUGAUUGUUAAGACCUGUCAGGAGUGGCUGCUGCCUCCAGCAGCCCUGGCUCAGGACCCUCCUGCCUGGCUGCUGGCCUCCCAGCCCAGUGCUCAGGUACCUGAGGCCUCUGCCCAAGCUGGGGGAUGCAGCUGCUGUUUUCCUGGCUGCAGGUUCAGUCAGCCCUGAAGCUGAGCACCCAUCGGAAGCACGAGCACACACAGAUGGGCGAUGCUGAUGUGGAUGGGCAUGCAGACUGCCCUGCCAAGAUGCUGCUGUUGGCAGUACCCACACAUGAGACCUGUGUAGCACAAGCACAGCCACCCACGUCCCUUCCUGCUCUGGGGCUGUCAGGCUGACAUGACACCUUCAAGCACACAAGCAUACGCAUGCAAGAGUUCCUCAAGCAUCAGCAUGACCCCUCUGUCCGCUCUGCACCUCUACCUGGAACCCAUCCCUCUGACCAAUUCCAUGGGUCCCCUGGUCACCCACUGCUCCAGCUUGAUGCACGAAACGUGCAGCCCUCACUCAUCCCAAAGGCACCCCACACUCCCAGGUACCCCCCAGGUACCAGCAUGGACCUCUUGCCUGCCUGAUACCCCUGCUGGAUACAUGUGCACAUGCCAUGCACACCUGGUUUGUGGGGUAUACGGACACUCGCCCCCCAGCAGCCAGCACGCAGACUGCGAGUGCUGUCCUGAUCCAGCUGCUGGCAUGGAGCCGCUCACCCUCCCCAGCCAUGCUGGUCCCCCAGUAACUGGUUUUGUGGAUGUGCAGCGUUACUGCCACGGUGGCCGUGGGGUGAGGCCUCGCUGGCUCCAGUAGCCAACACCAGUGGUCAGAGGCUCCCACAAUCCCAAUCUGACUUCAGUAGCUGGCACCAAAACCGCUCAUGCCAAUCCCCCAGUAGCUGGCACCUGGCCCUGGCAGCACACAUACACCUGGGGUAGAGUGAGAUUAUGCAGAGAGUGUUACAAAAAGCUUUAGUAAGAAGACAGGGCAGACUGCGGUGGUCAAGCAGGCUGGCCCAGGUUUACACCCAACAAGUCUUGUUUAUGCUCCUUUUCUGUCUGCCCCCUCUCUGUUGCUCCCAGCUCCCCCUCCCCUGCACAUCCCCUCCACAGCUGGCACUGGCCCACAGACUCCGUCCAACAUCCUGGACGCUCUGGUGUGCAUCCUUACCAGUUGCAAUGUCCUGGUUGCCCAUAGCUUCUUGAGAGCUCAUUGAUUAGUUUGGCCUUUGUUUCUGGGUAUUGUCUUUGUUAAUGCUAAUUGGUCAUGUUUUAUGACUCUGUGUGUUUGUCUCCCUCCCUUUCCUCAUCUUGCCAACUGUAAAAAGAAAUGUUCUCAGCUGCACUCGCCUCACUCCCAUAGGGCCUGAAUGGGCCCUGCUGUGUGGGGCACAGACUGGGGCAGAAGCCUUACUCCUCCAGGCAUUAACCCUGGGGGCUGGGAGUGUGCGAGGGCUGUGGUUACUGCCACCCCGAUGGAGGCAACUGACAUGACCGUACUGAGGCACUUCAGAUCAGCAACACCACUGUAAGUUUGCACAGGCAAGUCCAUUUGUUGGGCUUUGAGAGCAGCACCUCUCCAGGCACCAGGCCAUGGGAUGUCUGUGGCCAGGCAAAUCCUGCAGUUCUGGUCUCAUUCCAGCGGGGCUGAGUGAUCUGCACUGGUCACCUGCUCUGUGCUCUGUUAGCUCUAUGCUGAGUUGUGUUGCAGUUUCAAAGGCAGCUGAGCUUAAUUCUUAGUUUUUGGAACCAGUCAUGGUUCUUCACCAUUUGUAAUGUCCACAUUUCACAUCCUUUCACAAACUGUAAGACAUUCCCAUUUUCCUAAUUAAGGUUGGCAUUUCCCAUCCUGUACCCCUUUGUUUCCAGUGAACCAUGGCUCAGACUUGACUGGGACAAUUUGGUGAGAUUUUAGGGGCAUGUUGUCACUACCACUCUGUCCCUGUCCUGCUGGGACAGAGUUAGUUUUCUCCCUAGUAGCUGGCACAGCGCUGUGGUUUGGGUUUAG